AUGGAAUUUUUUAACACAUCUUUGCCCAAGCUUAUCUAUGGUGCAAAUAGGUCAAAUUCAUCAACAAAAAGUGUAUCUUCUGGAUAUCCGGAAGUUGUACUUUGGGAUACUUUUGAGAAUGAAUUGAAAAAUUUUCAAAUACAAAACGAUGAUUUAACUUUAGAAUACUUAAUCGAAUCACCAGAACUACGAUCAAAAAUAAAAAAUGAAACACAUGUGAAAAUGGCUAUAAAUGAAUAUGCUUUUAAACCAUUAUCUCAAUAUCUUCUUAAAAAAGAAAUAAAUUCUGUCUUUACACUAUGUUCGUCAAAUGAAGAUGGUGUUAUUGGACAACCAGAUUUCGCUUUCUUCCAUAACGACAUCGUAAAACUUGUCAUUGAAGUCAAAAUAAUCUGGUCUUUGACAGCACCAGACAACUUAGCUGCUGAUUAUCGUAUUUCUGGUCCACAAGUUAGACUUCCAGUAGAACAAAUAUUUGGAUACAUGCGAAUUAAUAACUUAAAAUAUGGUAUUUUAACGAAUUACGAAAGUUUUUAUUUCAUGAAACGUGAAAAAAUGUUAUUACAUAUUUCAACGGCAAUAAAAUCAACAGACGUUGAUCUAUCAGUGUAUCGGGCAUUAUUUUACAUUAUACAUCUAUCGAUUGAAGAUCAUUUAUGCAGCCCAAAUACAUCGGUAAACGACGAUAAAACGUACGAUUCGGAUCAAGAUGAAAUAAAAGGUGACGAAGAAGAUCAUGAAAGUGAAGAAGAUAAUGAUAAUGACGAUGUAUAUUCACCAAAAAGAAAAAAGAAAAGAUCCGAACAGUACCAAUCGUCAAAAUCAAAACAAAUAAAAUUAAUGAACGAAGCGAUAGGCUACGGCCAAAAUGGUUGUGUCUUUAAAUGUUUAUACAAUAAUACAGCAUAUGCCACAAAAAUAUGCGACACAACUAAAAAUACAAGUAUGAUGAUGCAACUAAACAAUGAAAAGAAAUUGUAUAAUCACUUGAAAAUAUUGCAAGGUACUUAUGUGCCAAAUAGAAUAGUAUCCGGAUUUUUAAAAAAAUUAAAUUGGUUCUAUAUUGUAUGUUAUGAAAUUAGUGGAGUAAGCAAAGAUUUCAAGCAAUAUUCCAACGACGAGAAAGCGAUGGCUUUAAACACAUUAGAUCAAUUACACAAACAAAAUGUUUUGCAUAAUGACAUACGGUCCGCAAAUUUUCUGAUUAAUUAUGACAAUCAUCAACACAAACGAAUCAUGUUGUGCGAUUUUGGUAAUUCAAUGAUUCUUAAUGAGAGUGAUGGCAAACAUAAAACAUUGUUGAGAAAAGAAAAAAAUGAAUUGAAAAAAUUAUUAAAUUAUACAAAAUGA